CAGUGAAACUUUCAUCCAGAGUUUGCUACUAAUGGCUCUACGCUGAGAGAAUGGACAUGGAUGAUAUAGUAAAUUCAACUGCAGGUGGAAAUGUUUCGGCUAUCCUGCCUGCCCCAUAUAGCCUGCUGGAGGUCAUAACUAUUGGAACUGUAUCAGCUGUAGUCAGCCUCAUCACAAUAGUGGGGAACGUCCUGGUGAUGCUUUCUUUUAAGGUGAACAGCCAACUUAAGACGGUUAACAAUUAUUACUUACUCAGUUUAGCUUUCGCAGACCUAAUCAUUGGUGUGUUUUCCAUGAACCUGUACACAUCCUACAUUCUCAUGGGAUAUUGGUCUUUAGGGCAUGUAGCAUGUGAUCUGUGGCUGGCUAUUGACUAUGUUGCAAGUAAUGCAUCGGUGAUGAACUUGCUGGUCAUAAGUUUUGACAGGUACUUCUCAAUUACAAGACCACUUACCUAUAGGGCUAAACGGACGCCGAAACGUGCAGGCAUCAUGAUUGGCUUGGCAUGGUUGAUAUCAUUUAUAUUAUGGGCUCCACCUAUUCUGUGCUGGCAGUAUUUUGUUGGUGAGCGGACAGUUCCUCAUGACCAAUGCCAGAUACAGUUCUUCUCAGAACCCAUAAUUACGUUUGGGACGGCCAUAGCAGCUUUCUAUAUACCAGUUUCUAUCAUGACAAUGUUGUAUUGUCGAAUCUAUAAAGAAACAGAGAAACGCACAAAGAAUUUGUCUGAACUGCAAGGAUACCCCUCUUUGGACAGCAAUGAAGGUCCUAGGGAAAAAAAGCCAAUAUUAAGAUGCUUCAACUUUAAAAACAAGAGAGAUGGGACUCAAGCAUCAUGGUCUUCAUCCAACCAGAGUUAUGUUACUAGGACAACAAUGCAGUCUGUGGAUCUCUGGACAAAGUCAGACCAGGUCACCACCCUGAAUAGUUACGCAUCAUCAGAGGACGAGGAACGGUCCAUCUCGGAAGCAACCCCACGGGAAUCUUUCAAGAACCAAGAAAGGACAGAAAAUAAAAAUGGACAGCUUGACUCUUAUGAAGAAAAUAAAUAUCUAAGUGAUCUUGCAAAACAAUGCUCACAGGCAAAUAACAAAAAGUGUAUGUCAUACAAGUUUAAGCCCAUUCUUAGCAACAUUACCACUUUUCAAGGCACCGGUGAAACUGAGAAAACCAACGCAGAUCACACAUUAGAGUCGCAGGUUUCUCCAUCAACGUCCACUUCCACCAAACCAGAAGAUCCGAGCUUGAAAAUCCAGAUGACGAAACGGAAAAGAAUGGUCCUUAUCAAGGAGAAAAAGGCAGCGCAGACUCUCAGUGCAAUUCUCCUUGCUUUCAUCCUCACAUGGACCCCAUACAACAUCAUGGUACUCAUUUCUACAUUCUGCUCUGACUGCAUCCCUGUCUCCCUCUGGCAUCUGGGAUACUGGCUCUGUUAUGUCAAUAGCACAGUCAACCCAAUGUGCUAUGCAUUAUGCAACAAAACCUUCCAGAAGACCUUUUGGAUGCUAGUGCUCUGCAAGUGGAAGAACAGAGGAAAGGAAAAACUAGACUGGGGUGGUCAAAGCCAUUAAAUACAAUGAUAGGACAGCUGUAAUGGCUAAAUGGGAUUUAACAAAGUUGAAUUAAUAUUUACGCUCUUGGAAAAAAGUACAAAGCUAUUAUUGGGAUGGUAGCAGCUGUACCCUUUCAAAACAUAUACCUUUUUACCUAAAAGGUACAUUUUAGUACCUCAAAGUUACAUAUUAGGACAUUUUUAAAGGGUUAACUGUCCCGGUGACAGCUUUUGUACAUUUUUUCUUCCGGUGUAUAAAAUUUUGUUAUUCAUGCAUAUUAUUCCUGUCCAUGUUUGUUUUCCUAGAUACAAUGUACAUAUUGUUCAUGUUGCCUGAUUUAAAAAAAAUGUGAUCAUUUACUAAAAAUAAUUUAAACAGAUGAAUCUGAAGCCUUUAUUUUAAAUAUUGUGAAAUGUCAUAAAUUAGAGAGGUGUGGACAAUAAAAAUGGGCCUUGAAGUUUUAAACGUAAUAGUUUAUUACAUUGGUUAACUGUUUUGCCUACGUUUAAAUAUGAUGCAAUGAUAUUACGCCACUGCAUGUAUAAAAACAUACAGAAGUUUCUACCAUUUAAGAUCUCUCAGUCUUUAAUCGUAUUGGUUUACUAGUAUUUAUCACCAUAAUAUCUUAAUAAUAAACAUCGUAAUAAAUGUAAAGGCUUUUGAUUGUACUCUAAAUGUAAUAUCCAUGAGAUGGCAGAGAUCCUCAGAUUAAACCGUGUGGUGGAAGCACAUAUUUCAUACGAUUUCUCAUUUUAAUUUGCACAAUAGUAUGAAAGUAAUUACACCAGUUCUGUGGUGCUACAAAUUAUAACAAAAUCUGACUUAAAGGGACACUCCCCUUUUUUUGAAAGUAUGCUCAUUUUCC